AUUCCAUCACUUAUCAAAUUCAGGCCCUCGCAACUUCUCAAUUGAAAGCUUUAGAUCCAUCCUUAUCAAACACCAAAAUGGCACAAACAUCGGCUCCUCAAACUUGGCUCAUCACUGGAUGCUCAUCCGGAUUUGGCGAGGAAUUCGUUCGUCAGCUACGUGCUGCCGGAGACAAUGUCAUUGCAACAGGACGUAAUGCCUCAACCAAGCUCGCACAUUUGAAAGAGACGGGUGCCUCUAUUCUAGAUCUCGAUGUCACCGCUUCCCCCGAAGAAAUCACAUCUAAGAUGGCUGAGGCCUGGAACUUGUAUCCAGAUGGCAUUGACGUUGUUGUAAACAAUGCUGGCUAUAUCUUGAGUGGUGCAUUUGAGGAAUUGAGGUUAAUCCGGCUGCAACCCUUCUUUUGGUUCACGAAAAACUGACUUUGGAGAUAUUAGACAGGAGGACCUUGAGACGUCUUUCAAGACCAAUUUCCACGGUCCACUUAACAUCACUCGGGCCUUACUCCCGAAGCUACGUGCUAAAGGGACUGGGACACUCUUUUAUAUGAGUUCUCAGGCGGCGUGGCAUAGUGAUCCUAGUGCCACAGCAUACUGCUCAAGCAAAUUCGCUCUAGAAGGUGUGUAUCCCUUUCUGUUUUUACCAGCUUACUUCUCGUCGAAUGGCCCACUGAAAACUUACAACAAUUUAGGAGCCGUGGAGUGCUUGUCUAAAGAACUGGCAAUCUUCGCACCGAAAAUCAAGGUUCUCCUCCUUGAGCCUGGAUAUUUCCGCACACAAGCCUUUUCCAACAUCAGACACGUGCCUGAUCGAGUGGAUAUUUACGCUCAAUUCAAUGCUGGUGUAAAGCAGUUUGAACAGAGCGUUGUUGGAAACGAGCCUGGUGACUCCAAAAAGGCAAUUGAGAUUAUGAUUGAUCUUGUUAAGGGUACCGGAGUCGCAGCUGGCAAAGAGAUUAUUCCCUUGCGAGUGCCAUUGGGAAGCGAUGGUUUGGAGAGAAUCAAAGCUAAGUGUCGGGAAACAUUGAAGAUAUGUGAAGAUUGGGAGGAAGUGGCCAAAAGUACGGAUAUUAAGCCAGCUGCAUAA